CUGCUGCUCCUAUCAGUUUCCAUACUAUAUUGUUGUCUCGAAACAGUAAUUAUUAUCAAAAUAUAAUAAAAAGAUUUCCUGAAAACACACAAUGCUUUCUUUCUUUUUUUUGUUGCUUAACUUUAUAAAUCUUCUAUACAUACUUUUUCAGAAGGGUUUGGUUUGUGUGUUUGGUUUGUGUGUUGCGUGUGAGUAAAAAGAAAGUUCUUAGCUUUGGGUGAAACACUGUCUUAUUCCACUCCUCUUCUCUUGGGUUUCUCUCUCUCUCUCUCUCUGACUGCUUCCUUCCUUCUCUGUAUUUACUCUUAUCUCUGGAUCUCAUUGCUUCUGUCUGUGGAGUAAACUUGAGGAUCUCUAACAAAUAAAAAAAAAAGCAAACUUUUUUUUUGAUGCUCUGAGCUGUUGUUGUGCAUUGUCCCUUUCAAAGGUUCUGUAGAAAAGAUUCCAACUGUUUUCUGGAACUUUGUUGCGAGGUUGAGAGUUCUUAAGGCAAAAAAUAUAACAAAAUGGCAACACUUUCGGAUAUUGGGGUAUCAGCAGGGAUAAACAUCCUCAGUGCAUUCAUUUUCUUCAUAAUCUUUGCGGUUCUGAGGCUCCAGCCCUUCAACGACAGAGUCUACUUCUCCAAAUGGUACCUCAAGGGUCUGAGAAGCAGCCCUUCCCGUGGUGGCGCCUUUGUACAGCGCUUUGUCAACCUUGACUUCAGGGCUUACUUGAAGUUCUUGAACUGGAUGCCUGAGGCUCUCAAGAUGCCUGAGCCUGAGCUCAUCGAUCAUGCCGGUUUGGAUUCUGUUGUCUAUCUCAGGAUUUACUGGCUCGGGCUUAAGAUCUUUGUUCCGAUAGCAGUGCUUGCGUGGGCAGUUCUUGUGCCGGUUAACUGGACGAACAACACAUUGGAGUUGGCUAGGCAGCUAAGGAAUGUAACUUCCAGCGAUAUUGACAAGCUGUCUGUUUCGAAUAUCCCAGAGUACUCAAUGAGGUUUUGGACACAUAUAGUAAUGGCGUAUGCCUUUACCAUCUGGACUUGUUAUGUGUUGAUGAAAGAAUAUGAGACGAUUGCUAACAUGAGGCUUCAGUUUGUUGCAUCAGAAGCUCGUCGACCUGACCAGUUCACUGUUCUUGUCAGAAAUGUACCUCCGGAUGCAGAUGAAUCUGUUAGUGAACUAGUUGAGCAUUUCUUCUUCCUGGUCAACCACCCUGAUCACUACCUCACUAAUCAGGUUGUAUGCAAUGCAAACAAGCUAGCUGAUUUGGUGAAAAAGAAGACGAAGAUGCAGAACUGGCUUGACUACUACCAGCUCAAAUACGCUAGAAACAACUCUAACAGACUCAUGGUGAAGCUUGGUUUCCUUGGGCUUUGGGGACAAAAAGUGGAUGCAAUCGAACACUACAUCGCUGAAGUAGACAAAAUAUCAAAAGAGAUAGCUAAAGAGAGAGAGGAAGUGGUGAAAGAUCCCAAGUCCAUCAUGCCUGCAUCUUUCGUCUCUUUCAAAACUCGUUGGGCUGCUGCCGUCUGUGCUCAGACACAGCAGACCCGGAACCCGACCCAGUGGCUAACCGAAUGGGCUCCAGAGCCUCGUGAUGUCUACUGGCCGAACCUUGCUAUCCCAUACGUAUCUCUGACCGUUAGAAGACUGUUAAUGCACGUUGCCUUCUUCUUCUUAACCUUCUUCUUCAUCAUCCCAAUCGCCUUUGUUCAAUCUCUUGCCACCAUCGAAGGCAUUGUCAAAGCUUCUCCGUUCUUGAAGGUUAUCGUUGAAGAUAAGUUCAUGAAGUCAGUUAUACAAGGCUUUCUACCUGGUAUAGCACUGAAGCUCUUCCUCAUGUUCCUCCCAUCCAUCCUCAUGAUCAUGUCCAAGUUCGAAGGCUUCACAUCCAUCUCAUCCUUAGAGAGACGCUCGGCGUCUAGAUACUACAUCUUCAACUUCGUGAACGUGUUUCUCGCCAGCGUCAUCACCGGAGCUGCGUUUGAACAGCUCAGCGCUUUCCUCAACCAAUCGCCAAACCAAAUCCCAAAGACCAUCGGCGUGGCUAUACCGAUGAAAGCAACUUUCUUCAUAACUUACAUAAUGGUCGACGGCUGGGCGGGUGUGGCUGGAGAGAUUCUGAUGCUGAAACCUCUCGUUAUGUUCCAUCUCAAGAACACGGUCUUGGUCAAGACUGAGAAAGACAGAGAGGAGGCGAUGGAUCCAGGGAGCAUCGGUUUCAACACUGGGGAGCCGAGGAUACAGCUUUACUUCCUUCUCGGUCUUGUCUACGCUCCUGUCACGCCUAUGCUUCUUCCUUUUAUAUUGGUUUUCUUCGCUCUUGCUUACAUUGUGUACCGUCAUCAAAUCAUAAACGUGUACAAUCAAGAGUACGAGAGCGCUGCAGCGUUCUGGCCAGACGUUCAUGGACGAGUCAUAUCUGCUUUGAUAAUAUCUCAGCUGCUUCUUAUGGGUCUGUUGGGGACUAAACACGCUGCGUUGGCUGCACCGUUUCUCAUUGCUCUGCCUGUGCUUACCAUCGGGUUCCACCACUUCUGCAAAGGUCGUUACGAGCCAGCUUUCGUCAGAUACCCUCUACAGGAAGCUAAGAUGAAAGAUACAUUGGAAAACGCGAGAGAGCCGAACCUGAACCUCAGAGGAUACUUGCAGAGUGCUUACGUGCAUCCAGUGUUCAAAGGCGAUGAAGACGAUGAUGAGUAUGAUGAUGACAAGCUGGGGAAGUUUGAGGAGGAAGCAAUUAUUGUUCCUACGAAACGUCAGUCGAGGAGGAAUACUCCUGCUCAUAGCAUGGUCAGCGGAGAAUCUUCACCCUUUAGUGGUAAAGUCUAGAGAAACAUUUUUCGACACGUACAUAUAUACACAUAUGGUACUUUUCUAUAUGUACAUAGACAAAAGAGAAAGAACGGAUUACGUUGUAGCUCUCAGUGAAGUACUAAUGUCAAAACCUGAUGAUGAGUGUUGAGUCUUUCGUCACGUGUAGAGGUCGUAGUCAUACACAACACUUUGAACCGUUUGCCCUUCGGAUCAUAGCCUAAAUACAUUUCUACAAUCUUCUCUUU